UCUGGUUCAGAAUGGCUGACGAUCAGGAGAAAGAUUUACAGAAAUUUCUUAAAAAUGUGGAUGAAAUCACAAAUUUAAUCCAGGAGAUGAACUCUGAAAACCCGAUUAUACAACAGAAGGCCAUCCAGGAGACAGAAAAGAGACUACGGUUUGCAGAGGAGGUCCCAGAGGAGGAUGGAUGUAGGACCAUCGUGAACAAGACCAUGAUUAGCCCCGCACAAGCUCCAACUGAGAACACAGAUGACAUGAGUCCAGAGGGCUUCUUGGCGUCUAUAGAGAAGGAUGCAAAGUUCCGUGCCAAGAGAAGACAGGAAAACAAAGUCCUUGCAGACGCCCUGAAAGAGAAGGGGAAUGAAGCAUUUGUCAAAGGCGAUUAUAAAGCAGCCAUCCAGUGUUACAGUGAGGGUCUGGAGAAGCUGAAGGACAUGAAAGUGCUGUACACCAACCGAGCCCAGGCUUACAUCAAGCUUGGGGACUACGAGAAGGCAGUCACGGACUGUGACUGGGCUCUGAAGUGUGAUGAGAAAUGCACAAAAGCAUAUUUCCACAUGGGGAAAGCCCACAUGUCUCUGAAGAACUACAAUCAGUCUAGAGAGUGUUUUCAGAAGAUCUUAGAAAUAAGCCCUGAUCUCCAGAAAGAGGUGAAAGAUUGCCUCAGACAAGUGGAUCUUCAGGAGAAAGCAGACCUUCAAGAGAAGGAGGCUCAGGAGCUCCUGGCGUCGGGAAGGGGCACAGCUGUUUCCACCAAGGCUCUCCUGGAGACGCUUUCCAAGCCUGGUCAGAUGCCCUUGUUUUAUGCAGGAGGCAUUGAAAUCCUGACGGAGUUGAUGGAGGAUUCCACAGAGCGGACACUAUUCCGGACACACAACGGAUUCAGUAUCAUCUGUGAGAAUGAGACUGUGAGAAGGUGCUUUUUGGCAACGGAGAAGGAUUCCGUGGAGGAGACAGUGUGUGUGUCUGUCCUCAGGCUCUGGCAGAGAGUGACACAUGAGAAUGAGGAAAACCAGCGGCUGCUCCUGGCAGACCCCUACACGGCUGAGCUGCUGCCCUCCCUCCUGCUGUCCACGGUCCUCAGCGUCCAGCGAGAGAGCCUCGCACUGCUGCUGCAGCUCGCCCAGACCGAGAAUGGACGGCUCCUGAUCAUCAGCCACCUGGACCUCACUCGACUGCUGGAGGCCCUGGCAUCAUUCCUGGAUUUCUCAGAUAAGAGGGCCAGCUCCGCCAUGGGACUGCUCGCUGACCUGGCUCAAGAGGAGAGAUUCCAAGUCUGGUUCCGGGCCAACCUUGCAGACAUCCUUCCCACAUUCAUGGGCAUUCUGAGGCGAGACCCCACGGCGACCAGUCCCACAGCUCUCUACCAGUGUGUGGCCGUCAUGACAAACCUCAGCGUGGAUGUAGCCUCCAGGAGAGAGAUGGCCGCCUCUGAGGAACUCGGAGAUGCCUGCUUGGGGCUCUUGAUCAGGUGUGAGGAGGACACGGAGGCGUUCAGAGAUGUCAUCUAUACGCUCCUGGGCCUCCUGAUGAACUUGUGCCUUCACAUCCCCUUUGUCUCUGAGAUCUGGGCCACGGAGGUGAGCCGGAGAUGCUUCUCUCUGCUGAACAGCCAGGAUGGAGGAAUCCUGACGAGAGCUGCCGGGGUUCUGAGCCGCACGCUGCUUUCCUCUCGGCACAUUGUGGAGGAGGCCCUCACAGCUGGAGUGGUGAAGAAAAUGAUCAAGUUCCUGAAGGCUGGCGGCCAGACCGCAUCACGUUAUGCCAUCAAGACGCUCGUGAUCUGCACCAACAGUGUCCACGAGGCACGGGAGAUGGUGCUGAGGUUGGAUAAAAAGCUGAGCCUCAUCACGGAGCUGCUCCACUCGGAGGAUGAGAUCCUGGCAGGCAACGCGGCCCUGUGCCUGGGCAACUGCAUGGAGGUGCCGUGGGCACCCGGCCUGCUGAGCUCCGAUAUUGUGCGCGUCCUGCUGGGGCUUGCGGGCAGCGACUCCCGGCCCUCGGCUGUGCAGCUGAACGCGGGCAUCGCUCUGGGGAAGCUGUGCACGGCAGAGCCCAGGUUUGCUGCUCAGAUGAGAGAGCAUCACGGGCUAGAAAUCCUCAACUCGGCCGCGAAGCACAUUAGCGAGUGACCCCCGAGAGAUAUGGGGUCCGCACACCUUCUCACAGA